AUGGGCUUCUCUGAUCUUUCUUCCGCUGCUGGUCUCACCCAGCUGAACGAGUUCCUCGUCGACAAGAGCUACAUUGAGGGCAACGCUGCCUCUCAGGCUGACGUGGCUGUCUACAAGGCCGUUGCUUCUGCCCCUGACGCCGAGAAGUACCCCAACGCCGCCCGAUGGUUCAAGCACAUUGCUGCCCAGGAGGACCACUCUGCUCUCCCCGGUACCGCCAAGGAGGCCUCUGCUUACGGCCCCGAGGGUGCCGCCGCCGCCGCUGAGGAGGAGGACGACGAUGAUGUCGACCUUUUCGGCUCCGACGAUGAUGAGGUCGAUGAGGAGGCUGAGAAGCUCAAGCAGCAGCGACUCGCCGAGUACGCCGCCAAGAAGGCCGCUAAGCCCAAGACCGCCGCCAAGUCCAUUGUCACCCUUGACGUCAAGCCUUGGGAUGACGAGACUGAUCUCGAUGCUCUCCUUGAGAACGUCAAGAAGGUCGAGAUGGAGGGUCUGGUCUGGGGUGCCCACCAGUGGAUCCCCGUUGGUUUCGGUAUCAAGAAGCUCCAGAUCAACCUCGUUGUUGAGGAUGACCUUGUUUCUCUCGACGAGCUCCAGCAGCUCAUUGAGGAGGACGAGGACAACGUCCAGUCCACUGAUAUCGCUGCCAUGCAGAAGCUUUAA